UCUAAUCUGGUUCUCUCUAUUUCUGUAAAAAAAUGUCGCGAAGAAUUCGUCCAGGUUGAACCAUAUGUGUGGCACAGGGUAGGCGUCUUUUUUUGACGCCGAAUUGCGCACUGGAGUAGAAGCUCGAUUGCGGUACUGAGGGUCCCUGGUUGCAAUCCGGGCUUUGGCAUAGAUAUUCGUAAAUGUAUAAGAGGCUGGGUUGGUAGAGCAGCCUCGUCUACUUAAAAAUAAGGGGAGAGUCUGGCUUCUCUAACGUGUUUGGCCAUACCUCCUCCUCUUUGCCUAUACUGGGGUCUGUGGGAAAGUUGUAAUGUUGUUGUCCAAGUAUUGGUGACCUUGACAUUGAUUAUUUUACACAGCGCCCCAAGGGUUUUUAGUGGUACUACGGGCUAUGAAAUUGUUAAAGUUAUUCUUUAUCUUGAACAGAUUCUUGUAUUCGCUACCCCGUAUAUUAUCCAUAGGGGCUGUUUAUUGUCUUCUGGGACCGUAGUGAAGGUAGCAGCCAAAAAGUAGCAGCCGAUUUAAUAGUUUCUAUUCAAAAUAGGGCGUGGUUUUCAGGGGAGUGACCUGUUUGCAGUGACUACACACUGUUGCCACAUAUUAAUUCGGCUGCUACUUUCACUACGGUCUUCUGGGGCCUGCUGGUAACGCUUUCUGACCUUUCUAACGUCCGGCUUUUUAUUAUUGAGUUCGUUUUCCCACCAUAUUUCAUACCCCCCAGAUCCCUUGUGCUACGUUUUUCUUCAAAAUGUGCAGCCCUAAGGAUUCUCGUGCCAGUUUUCUAUUCAGGAUUAUCGAAUCUUGUUUUCCUGUCGAAGAUUUCAUGUUCCACUGACUCCUGGUGUUACGUUGGAUGGUCCCUUUCCAGAAAUUGUUUAGGUGCUAUGGGAACUAUACGUUUUCAGGAAGAAUGUUGAACCGGUGUCUGGUGGGGUAUUCCAGCCAAGCGUCGGAGGAUUUUAAAAGGUGUAGCUCUUUUCCUAGGGCCCCUGGGGGUAUUCCAAGUUUUAUAUUUGAUCGUCUUGCCCAUGUAUGGGAAAGGUUUUUAUUUGUAUGUAUUUUAAACGUGUAUGACAAAUGUCUCUUCGAUUAUGAAUUAUAAACCCUAACCUCACUUUUUAUGUGACUUGUUUACGUUUUCCAUUUGGGGCUCUGUUAAUCAAAUCAAGUGCCAUGCAUCGUCGAGAUUCUUAUUCUAAAUACAAAGAAGACCGUAGGCAUCCUUCAAGAAAAAGGCGAAGAUCUCCUUCGCCUCAGGCAUCCUCGUCUUCGAAAGAGAAACCACCAGACUUGCAAGCGAUUAUCAACAUCAACAGGCACCAUUUCAGCUCGUUCCUUCAAAACCACCUGAACGUAGGAAACGCGGACGACUUCUGGAAGUUCUUCGAGAAAUACCAAACGAUCCAGGCCCACUCGACGGACUCCGCGAACUUCGACAAAACGAAUCUCCUAAACGUCAACUUCGACCGGUCCCCGGCUCAGCUGUACAACAAGCUGCCCGUCAACGUACCCGAAGCGUGCUUCGCGAAAUUCCUAAACUCGGUCCUCGUCUACCAGGACUUUCAGCAGAAAUCGAAAUUUUCCAAAUUGAGAAAGCUCCGCAGGGCACAGUCGGAUCUGCCGAUCGCGCAGUACAAGCGCGUCCUGAUCGAAAUGCUAGAGCGAAAUCGCGUCGUGCUGGUCGCCGGCGAUACGGGUUGCGGUAAAUCGACGCAGGUCCCUCAGUACGUUCUCGAGGCGGGCUACAAGAAGAUCGUGUGCACUCAGCCGCGACGUAUCGCGUGCAUCUCGCUCGCGAAACGAGUGGCGUACGAGACGUUAACGGAUUAUAAGACGGUUAUCGGUUACCAAAUCAGGUUUGAGAAGACGAAACGCGCCGACACGUCAGUCGUUUUCAUGACCGAAGGUCUACUGCUCCGACAAACCGCCGAAGAGGAGACCAUCAACGCGUACGACGUUAUCAUUUUGGACGAAAUACACGAACGCCAUCUGUACGGGGACUUUCUGAUCGGAAUAAUGAAGUGCCUGUUGCACAAGCGCGACGAUUUCAAGCUAAUUUUGAUGUCGGCGACGAUUAACAUUGAACUAUUCAAGAGCUACUUCCAAGAGGAGGAGAUCGGCGUAAUCGAAGUGCCGGGCCGACUGUACCCGAUCGACGUCCAGUACUUGCCGAUCAUUUACGACUCGUACAAGCAGAAACGGGACCGUUUCGAUUGCAGCCCGUACCUUCGGGUAAUCCACAUGAUCGACGCGAAGUACCAACCGCAUCAGAAGGGCGAUCUGCUGGUGUUUCUCAACGGGUUCGCCGAGAUUUCGGCGCUGGCCGACGCGGUGAACGAGUACGGCCAGAUCAAGCAGAAUUGGAUCGUGCUCCAGUUGCACAGCAGUUUGUCGCUGGAGGAACAGGACAAGGUGUUCGAUUACGCGCCGGAAGGCAUGCGAAAGUGUAUCAUCUCGACCAACAUCGCCGAGACUUCGGUGACAAUAGACGGGGUCCGAUUCGUGAUCGAUUCGGGUAAGGUGAACAAGAUGAUCUACAACAACGUGGGCGGCAUCAACAAGCUGACCGAGACGAACAUCUCCCAGGACAGCGCGAAGCAACGCGCCGGGCGCGCGGGCCGCACCGGCCCCGGCAUUUGCUACCGAAUGUACUCGGAGGAGACGUUCAGGUCGUUUGACCCGUUCACCGUCGCCGAAAUUCACCUCGUUCCGCUAGAGGCGCUCCUCCUCAACAUGAUCUCGCUGGGACUGAGCGACAUCCAGAACUUUCCGUUCUUGGAGAAGCCGAGCGCCAGCGCGAUCGAGGAGAGCGUCGACAAGCUUAAAUUCUGCGGCGCCCUAAAGCUCGACGAGGACUAUCUCGUGUUAACUACUCUCGGCGAGUCGCUCAGCAAGCUGCCCGUCGACUUGACCAUUGGAAAAAUGCUGAUAAUGUCCACGCUGUUCGGCAACGUGAACUCGGUGCUCGCGCUCGCCGCUGUUUUAAGCGUGCAGAGUCCGCUCACGCAGCAGGCCUACCGCAAUUUGGACACGCAGAACGCGAGGAAGACCUUGGAGAGCAAUCACGGAGAUCCGAUAUCGCUACUGAACAUGUACAAGGAGUGGCUUUGCGUCAAGCAGGACACGGUUCCGAUGGAACGGCAGCCGAAGGAGAACUCCCGAACUUGGGCGAAGAAGAGAGGUCUGGAAGAACAACGAUUUUACGAGGUAACGAAACUGAUCCAGCAAUUUCGGGAAAUCCUGGAGGACGCCGAGCUUUUAUCGAAAAGAGCGCAGGGCGAGCUUUCGAGCGGCGAACGUUCGAUGCGCUACGGCGAACUGAAACAGCUGAAGACGCUCAGGCGCAACCUCAAAAACGAGGGUCGCAGCGCCCAGCGCAAACAGCUCAAGUUCCAGCGCUUCGACGUAGAGACCGACGAUCGAGAGGCCGGCGGCAAGCUCGACCUUCGAGACAUCGAGUUUCGCAUCACGAACGACUUCAAAAAGCUGCAAACUCUCCUGGACGACUCCUCGCCGGAGAGCUUCCGGGACCUGAUGAUGCUCAAGCUGAUACUGACGAGCGGGUUGUAUCCGCAGGUCGCCGUCGAGGACGAGCACAAUUACUCGAAGAGCGUCGCCGAGCGACUGUACCACACGAAGAGCAAGAACUUCGUCUUCUUACGUCCGCUGAGCUGUUUCACGACCAAUCCCGAAGUGCUCGAGAUACACGCGGACGAUAUCGACGUGCCGCCCCCGGGAUACUUCAGCAAGCGGCCGAUCAGCCGAAAGCACCAGCUGCUGGUUUACCAGUCGAUACUGGAGACUAAGAAGGUGUACCUGAUGAACGUGAUGAGGAUGCCAGCGAUUCAGACGCUGAUGCUCUUCGCGAAGACGAUCGCCACGAAUUUGACGCUCACCAAGUUCGUGUUUGACGAGUUUCUUCUGUGCGACGUCCCCGCCUUUGGGCAGGGCAAGACGUUACUGUUGCGCGCAGUACAACUGCGCAAAAAACUGAAGGAGAAACUGGAGGAGAAGCUCGGGGAUGUCUCGGCGAAGUGCGACCAACGCGACGCCUUCUACUUCAUCGAGGACCUCGUCAAGUUCAUGACGACCGAUGUCAGUUACAAUAUUAAACGACUAUUACCCGCGGACUUAAAGGUUAUAUACACGGACGAAUGCUUUCCGAGCCCGGACUCGAACCCGUUCGACUCGGAAUAUCGCGCGACACAGAACAGCGCGUACGGCGGGUUGCAGGUUACCGAGAACGUCGUCUACGGCUGCUUGGUGCAGGAGGAGUGGGCGUGCAUGAUCGAACAGCAGAUUUCGACUAUGACCUACACGUGCGCGAGUUGCGGGGGGGAAAUGGCGGGGGUGUCGGUGCUGAACAUUAUGCAACACGAGGCGAGUUGUACGGUUUCAAAAGCCGAACAGCGGGCAGAAACAGUAGCGGAGCCAGUCGUUGUUAAAGCAAACUCUCAACAGUAUUAUUGUGAUAAAUGUGAUAAAACGCUUAUGUUAGCUCCUAUUGAUAUAUUAAAGCACAAAAGGUCGUGCAAUUAAUUCCAAAACUCUCAUUCAAUUUGCAAAACAUCAAAAACAAAAUUAAGACCCUGAAAGAGCGGUUUUUAGGGCUUGUUGUUUUACACAUACCCCGCACGCAGGCGUUCGAUAGACAAUUAAAUAAAGAAAUCUUAAUUAUUAAAUAAUUCAAUUGAUCUGAUCGUAACAAAAUUGCGAUAUCGCAAUCAACGGUGCUUUAAGUGUGAUCACCUGGGUCACCAGACGAUAACAUGUCCUGAAACGCCUUAGAUCGACGAAAAGAAUUCCUCAAUUCUUAACGAAAACGUAAAGAAUCGCGGUGUCAAAAUAUCGCGAACAGUUCCCAAAACCUGUUUUGAACCUCCUCUUUUCUAGAAAAAGAAAGAAGACCAAAUUCACAUUUGCAAAUUUUAGGAUAGCGCAGCUGC